UCUGCCGCCUCGGGGGCGGCUGCCCCCGGCGGAGCCUCCAUCUGCAGCCCCGGCGGCGGGAGCGGGAACAUGGCGGACCUGGAGGCGGUGCUGGCCGAUGUCAGCUACCUGAUGGCGAUGGAGAAGAGCAAGAGCACCCCGGCGGCCAGGGCCAGCAAGAAGAUCACCCUGCCCGAGCCCAGUAUCCGCAGUGUUAUGCAGAAAUAUCUUGAGGAAAGGGGUGAAUUAACCUUCGACAAGAUCUUUCAUCAGAAAAUUGGAUUUUUGCUCUUUAAAGACUAUUGCAUGAAUGAGAUUGAUGAAGCCGUCCCUCAGCUGAAGUUCUAUGAAGAGAUAAAAGAAUAUGAGAAACUGGAUUCGGAGGAGGAGCGUAUGAGCCGGAGCCGGCAGAUUUACGACACGUACAUAAUGAAGGAGCUUCUCUCCUGCUCCCACCCUUUCUCAAAACAAGCUGUAGAUCACGUACAAACGCAUUUAGCCAAGAAACAAGUGCCAGCCAGCCUUUUUCAGCCAUAUAUAGAAGAAAUUUGUGAUAGUCUCCGAGGAAAAAUAUUUCAGAAAUUUAUGGAAAGUGACAAGUUUACUAGAUUCUGUCAAUGGAAAAACGUAGAACUAAAUAUUCAUCUGACCAUGAAUGAUUUUAGUGUACAUAGAAUAAUAGGAAGAGGGGGAUUUGGUGAAGUGUAUGGUUGCAGAAAAGCAGACACUGGAAAAAUGUAUGCAAUGAAAUGUUUAGAUAAGAAGAGAAUCAAGAUGAAGCAAGGAGAAACGUUAGCCUUAAAUGAAAGAAUUAUGCUGUCUCUUGUCAGUACGGGAGACUGCCCUUUUAUAGUGUGUAUGACCUAUGCCUUCCACACCCCCGACAAACUCUGUUUCAUUCUGGACCUGAUGAAUGGAGGAGAUUUGCACUACCACCUCUCCCAGCAUGGAGUGUUUUCUGAAAAAGAAAUGAGGUUUUAUGCUACUGAAAUCAUCCUGGGUUUAGAACACAUGCACAAUCGCUUUGUUGUCUACAGAGACCUAAAGCCUGCAAAUAUCUUGUUGGAUGAACAUGGGCACGUGAGAAUAUCAGACCUUGGGCUGGCUUGUGAUUUUUCCAAAAAGAAGCCCCACGCUAGCGUAGGUACCCAUGGAUACAUGGCUCCGGAGGUGCUCCAGAAGGGAACGGCGUACGAUAGCAGUGCGGACUGGUUCUCGCUGGGCUGCAUGCUUUUCAAACUUCUGAGAGGUCACAGUCCUUUCAGACAGCACAAAACCAAAGAUAAGCAUGAGAUCGACCGGAUGACGCUCACGGUGAAUGUGGAGCUACCAGAUUCGUUUUCUCCUGAAUUGAAGUCCCUUUUGGAAGGGCUCCUGCAACGGGAUGUUAGCAAGAGACUGGGAUGCCAAGGAAGAAGUGCACAAGAAGUAAAAGAACAUCCUUUCUUCAAAGGCAUUGAUUGGCAGCAAGUCUAUUUACAAAAGUACCCUCCACCAUUGAUUCCUCCCCGGGGAGAAGUAAAUGCAGCAGAUGCUUUUGAUAUUGGGUCAUUUGAUGAAGAGGACACUAAAGGCAUUAAGUUGCUUGAUAGUGACCAGGAAUUGUAUAAGAACUUCCCGCUGGUAAUAUCGGAGCGUUGGCAGCAAGAAGUAGCAGAAACUGUUUAUGAUGCAGUAAAUGCAGACACGGAUAAAAUUGAGGCCAGAAAAAGGGCUAAAAAUAAGCAGCUUGGCCACGAGGAAGAUUAUGCUCUUGGGAAGGACUGCAUCAUGCAUGGGUACAUGCUGAAACUGGGGAACCCCUUCUUGACGCAGUGGCAACGGCGAUACUUUUACCUCUUCCCAAACCGGCUGGAGUGGCGAGGAGAGGGGGAGUCUCGGCAAAACCUACUGACAAUGGAACAAAUAGUAUCUGUUGAAGAAACACAAAUUAAAGACAAGAAGUGCAUCUUACUGAGAAUUAAAGGAGGAAAACAGUUUGUCCUACAAUGUGAGAGUGACCCAGAAUUUGUUCAGUGGAAAAAAGAGCUGACAGAAGCUUUCACUGAGGCACAGAGGUUGCUGCGUCGGGCUCCAAAGUUUCUCAAUAAAUCUCGUUCCACGGUGGUAGAGCUUUCAAAACCACCGCUCAGCCACAGGAAUAGCAACGGGCUGUAGGAGAACCAGAGCACGUGGUUCACGUAGGGAAAGCCGUUUGGUGAACUUGUUGAGUUUCACACAAAUCCCUUACCAAGUGACUUUGUGCGAUCCCGGAGGCGGGAUCCGCUUAGAAGAGGAAGAAUUAAGAUGUUUACAGCGUUGGGAUAAUGUCAGAACUCUGUCUCUUGGAGGUUGUGGAGACUGGAACGAUGGCAAGUUGAUUUCAUGCUCCUGGCAGCGCUGGAAAUGACCCAGCGCAGAGGCUGGAUGUUUCUCCCACGCGUCCCUGCACCCUGGUGGUGUCCAAACCCUGGUCCGUUACUCUAGAACUACUGAUGGAAGGAAGAGAACUGUUUUUUUUUUUCUCUGCAAUACCCUCGUUUGGUGCGUACCAAGCCUGGAGAACUGAAGUGGUUACUGCUGGCUGGGACGACACUGGUGUGUGUGAUCCCCCAGGCCCCUCAGCUGCGGAAGGAGCUGCAGACUUGCCCUGUUGGAUAACCUUUAAUCUGUCGUGUUGCCAUGUUCUUUCCGACCAUUACUGCUGACUUUCUAAUAACCUUUCUCCAUACUGCUGAUGAUCAACAGUGUGACUCUUAUGCACUUCAAACGUACUGAAUUCUAACUGUCCUGUGGUUUAAAUGUUAUUGCUACUUCAUGGAAACGUUGAACUCAGAUUAUUCACUUGGUUUGUUGUACUCACUAAUAGUAGCUACCACCGGUUUGCUUCUUCUACGUAUAUGCAGUACUAUAACUGACACAAUAGAGUAAUAAUUGGUGAAGAGGAAUUUAUGGUAGCUUCAUCUAGUGCUCUGUUGUAUAAAUUGACUAUUUUAGCACAGUUUUUAAAAGAGCAGAUUCCUUUUGACAAGUUUACAGUGAACAUAAAGACAGUUCUUUUCCAUUUCAGGUCAAACUGCACUUUUUAAAGAUUAAAAAGAAAUGAUUCAAAUCCAA